CUUUUGCAUCUUUACCAUUCUUUGUAAACUUGAAAUGCAUAAAAGUCGUCUUUCAUUAACUAAACCAUUUUCUUUACGCAAAAGUACAAAUUUUUCUGGACGUAAUAUCCUUCAAAGGCAUAAGCAGUUUCAUUUGUAUAAGUAAUAUUAUACAGAUGGGCCCAAUAGUCCGAACUUUUUCUUAUAAUGAUUCUAUAAUUGUUUCUAAAGCAUUAAAUGCGGAUAAUAAAGAAAAUGGUGAAAACAAAUUGCAAGAUGAAAUGGAUGUUGAAAGUGAUAACGACGACAACAAUGGUGAAGAUGACAACGGCAACGGCGAAAAAGAAAAUAACGAAGAUGAUGAUGAUGACAACAACGAAGAAGAUGAUGAUGAUAUCUAUGGCGAAGAAAACGUUUAUUAUGAUGAUGAUGUUGACAAUGUGGAUGAGAACGAAAUGGAAGAAGAUUACAAUUUGGGAGUGGAUGAUAGUAUUAUUGAUGAUACUAGCAGUAAUCAUAAAGAUACAAUAGUUGAUUCAUCAUUAGAUAAUGACUAUAUGUCAAAAAUAAACGGAAGCUUUGCACCUUACUUCGAAAAUGCGACUUCCAUAUUGUUAUUUUGUUGGAUACAGAAACAUAAUAUAUCAACAAACGCCUAUAACGACUUGGUAGAAAUAUUGCAACAUCAAAAAUUUGAAGUGAAAGAUAUUGCGAAAAAUAUAAGAAGGUUCCGUCAAUGGAGAAACUGAUUGCCCUUAAUGCCAAUAAGGACAUGCUCUAUUAAAAUAAAUCCAAAAAAGACACCAUCUAUAUCUAAAGAAACAAAACCUUGUUUUUAUCUUUCAAUUCGUGAUAUUAUUCAGAAUAUAUUAAAUAAUCCGUCACUAUACAACUCAAUGUACUUUGGACCGGGAAUAGAAGCUGAAGAAAAAAAGGAAUUUUGGCAUGGGGAUCUUUGGGCAGAAUCACCAUUAUUUGGCCAAGACAAAAUAACUAUCAAUGAAGGUACUUUGGUUUAAU